CCCUUCUCCCAUCCCGGUGAUCGCGUCGUCGUGGUUGGCAUUCAAUCCACCACGGAACGGCAUCAUCGAGCAGAGCACUAUAGCCUUCAAGCCAACUUUACUUCACUUAGAUACAUCUCAUGCUUCUAUGAGAUUGGUUAACUCAGUUACUCAGUCCAGUUCGAUAAAAGACCGUCCGUGUGCUUCUGAACCGCUUAACAGGUGCUUCUUUUCUCAAACAACUCAACUAUACUUUAAUAAAUCGGCCGAUUCAUUUUUUUAAUAAUAAUUUCGAGUGAUUAAUCAAAAAAUUUUUUGAUUUUUAACAGAGAUCGAAUUGAUGAUGCCGAUUCCGAUUCUCGGGUGAACUCCGCGUGAAGAAAUAGAAAAGCGAUUGGAGAGAUCAAGACUGUCCUUAAACGGCUAACGAUUUACUUGUUGGUACUAGAAAUGGCGAGUUUUAAAACCGCGUUAGGAGCUCAAGAACUAACUGACAAAAAAGCCGGCCUAUGGAGAGCUUUGCUCGCUGAAUUCUUCGGAACAAUGCUCCUGAAUUUCUUCGGAUGUGGAGCAGUGAUCACCCAGAAUGUUGUAGCGAUUGCCUUGGCGUUUGGAUUGGCCGUCGCUGGAGCUGUCCAAGGAAUUGGGCAUGUUUCUGGUGGUCAUAUUAACCCGGCUGUUACUUUUGGACUUUUAGCAAUCGGCAAGAUACCAGUUGUCAGAGCACUUUUGUACGUAAUAGCGCAAAGCGUAGGCGCAAUAGCCGGGUCAGCGAUGAUCCGAGCUCUAUCUCCAGAAAAGAUGGAACCAUUCUUGGGAUUAGUGAGCUUAGCUCCUGGAGUGACUCCUGUCCAAGGUCUAGGGGUCGAAUUCUUCCUGGCGUUGAUUCUGGUGAUCGUCGUCUGCGGAGCUUGCGAUGGCGCGAAGCCAGAGAGCAAAGGAAUCGCGCCUCUGAUAAUCGGGCUGGCCGUCACUGUGGGACAUAUUGUCGGAGUCCCAAGAACUGGGGCUGGAAUGAAUCCUGCUAGGUCUUUGGGUAGCUCCGUUGUGAUGGGCAGCUUUGAAAAUCACUGGCUCUACUGGGUAGGACCCAUCCUCGGAGGAAUCGCUGGAGGGCUUAUUUACACCCACGCGAUUGGUCCGGCUAAGGAACCUGAACUUCCGAAAAAUUAUUCUUCGGUUGCUACUGAAGAAAAAGAGCUCCACAGACUAACUACCAGGAAGGGAACACCUGCUUGAGAUUACUCCAAUAAUCACCCAUAUAGUCAUCCGGCUAUACUCAUCACUCGUCUUCACUUACAAGAGAUCCAGUUCUUCUUCAUCAAUUAAAUAUUCUAAAAAUUCAACUAUUUAUUUUACUUAUUCAUGUUUCAAAAGAAAAUUGUUAAAGUAUUUUAUGGAGAUUUAUUCUUCACUAUUUUUUUAUUGAUUAUUAUCACAAGUUAUUUAAAAAUAGUACUGAAAUUAUAUAACAGAA